AUGCCACCAGUUAGACACCACACAGCAAUUUUUUCGGCCGGGCCUACUAGAGCUAGAAGACUAAAGCCUGAAGAGCUGCGUCCUAUCAAAAACAAAGUAGAUGAAGAUGGAAAUCCACUUCCUUGUGCGCUGUGUAAAAUCAAGAUAGACUACAAAAAUGUCAGGUUACUUUCUCAAUUCAUAUCCAAUGAUACUGGAAUGAUCUAUGGCCGUAGGAUUACUGGACUUUGUGGUCAUAAACAGAAAGAACUUACAAAAGCGAUAAGACGAGCUAGGACGAUGGGAUUUAUGCCGUACACGUACAAGUACCCUGAAUAUUUAAAUGAUCCAAAACCAUUUUAG